GGCGCCGCCGCCGCGGCCCGCCGACUCCGGCUCCGUGGACUGCUGCAAAGCGAGCGCAGCCAGGCGGGCGAUUGGCCCGGGCUCGGCUCAGCGCCGCCCACCUGCCCCCGCGCGCGCUUGCCGGGCAGACCCGCGCGCGGACGCCGCCGGGCCUGGAGCGGGGCGCGGGAGCCCCGGGGCGUCGCCGGAGCGCCGCGGGUGCUGGAUAGGCCCGCCUGGGCCACGUGGAGGACGGGCCGCGGCCUGGCGCGUAAACAAAGCCGGAGGCGGCGGGGAGCCUGCAGAGCCGCCCCGGGGAGAGCCGGCGCUUCUGGGGCGCGCGUGGCUGCCAGCGAAGACGGUGCCAGACCAGCUCCUUGAAAUGAAGCAGUUGCCAGCAGACACGGUCCGAAUUCUUUCCAGCUCACAGGUGAUCACGUCGGUCGUCAGCGUGGUUAAAGAGCUGAUGGAAAACUCCUUGGAUGCCAACGCAACAAGUGUGGAGGUCAAAUUGGAAAAUUACGGCUUUGAUAAGAUUGAGGUGCGAGACAACGGCGACGGGACCAAAGCGGCUGACGUUCCAGUCAUGGCAAUGAAACACUAUACAUCAAAAAUAAGCUCUUCUGAGGACCUUGAACACUUGACAACAUACGGUUUUCGCGGUGAAGCCUUAGGUUCAAUUUGUUGCGUAUCUGAAGUUCUGAUUACAACAAAGACAGCUGCUGACGACUUUAGCACCCAAUACGCUUUGGACAGAAGUGGUCAUGUAAUUUCUCAAAAACCCUCUUAUCUUGGACAAGGUACGACCGUAACCGUUCUGAAGUUGUUCAAGAAUCUCCCUGUAAGAAAGCAAUUUUAUUCAACAGAUAAAAAAUGUAAGGAAGAAAUGAAAAAAAUCCAAAAUCUUCUGAUGGCGUAUGGCAUCGUCAAACCAGAACUGAGGUUAAUGUUUUCACAUAAUAAGACAGUCAUCUGGCAAAAGACCAAGGUAUCUGAUCACAAAAUGGCGUUCAUGGCAGUGGUAGGAACGGCGGUUAUGGGCAGCAUGGUGCCUUUUCAACAUCGCUGUGAAGAUCCUGAGGUAUGUCUCAGUGGUUUUCUUCCAAAGCCUAAUUCUGAUGCUUGUUUGACAAGCCAUUCAGGUUCAGAAAGGAGCUUCAUCUUUGUAAAUAACAGACCAGUGUGUCAGAAGGAUAUUCUCAAGCUGGUCCAACAUUAUUGUAACCUGAAAUCUUCUCAUCGUUCAUACCCCAUGUUCUUUAUCAACAUUACUAUUUCUCCUUCUGCUGUGGACGUCAAUUUAACACCAGAUAAAUCUCAAGUAUUGCUACAUGAUAAGGAAUCCAUUUGCCUUAUUAUUGAAGAUAUUUUAACGUCACUGUAUGGGCCUCGAACCGGAACUGUUUCUGGUGAAACUGAUGUAACAGAUACUGCCUCAGCAGACGUCUUUGCUAAUGCAACAGAACAAACAGAUGUGCCUGUUAAUGAAAUCGAAUCCAGCAGAAAUCCAUCUUCACAAGCACGUACCUCGUUGCUUUCAUGUACUAACGAUGUGCGAAAUGGGGAAACCGGAAAAAACACAGAGGUCUGCUUGAAAAAUCAAACAUCGUGUAAUGAUUCUCUUCCUCAUCUUCUUUCUAAAAAAGAACUAUCUGGCAGCGAGACAGCUGGCUGUGAUAGAUUUCAGGACCGUUCCCUAAAUAAUUUACCAUGUGAGGAUCCGCAGAACACGUAUAUGGUACUGAACCUGGAUGGCAAUUCCUUAACGGAUACUUGUUCUGAAAAUGGAGUUGGGGGUGGUUUGAGAAAUGACAAGAUCCAAAAUGUAGACAAGAUGGAAAGACCAAUGAUCCCAAAGGAUUCCUCUGAAGUCACUGCUGACAAAUGGAGCUGGGGGAAUGCAUUUGUGAAUUCUAGAGGAGAAAACCUGGAACCUGUUCAGAUUUUAAUUCCUGAAAUGGAAAAGGCAAGAAUGCAAAAGGAAAAUGAUGGUAUUAGUCAAAUAAAUUUUCAACAGGAAAAUAACAACUCAAAUGUUAAAAAAAUAAAUAUGGUAAAUGAUAAAGUGGGACAGAUUACAGCCUAUGAUUUAAUUAAAAGUCAGAUAGUAAGGAAACCUGUGUCAGCAUUUGGCCUUUUUGCUCAAGACAAUCGUUCCAGAUUGUUGGCUGAAAAUAGCAAAGCAAGUGCAGAAGAACUAAGGCUGAAAAUGGAAGAAAUGUGGAAGGCACUAAAUGAAGAGGAAAAAAAGAAAUAUGAGGAAAAAGCCGAUAAAGACCUCGAGAGAUACAACAGGCAAAGCAAAAGAGCUCUAGAUCUAAAUGUACAGAGUGCGACUAAAGAGAAAGAAAGAAAACUCAAGUCCAAACUGAAAGACUGUCUGUCCGAUCAGCAAAGACUUGACAAACUUUUCCAUUCUCAAAUGGGAAGGAAACGCGGCAGUUCCCAAGCUAUAAAAACUGUGCAAGUGCCCUUCACUAUGGAUUCAUUCAAACAGAAGCUUCACAGAUUAGAACAGAAGGAGUCAGAUAAAGAAGAACUCUGUCUAAUUCAUCUUCCAAAUUUUCCUGAUGCGUGGAUAAUUGCCUCUGAUGAAAAGAUAAUGAUGCUGAAUCCAUACAGAGUUGAAGAAGCCCUGCUCUUUAAAAGACUUCUUGAAGACCAUAAGCUUCCUACACAGAAACUAGAUACACCUAUUGCGCUAACUGACAGUCUUCUUGGUGAACCCGAUUACAUGGAAGUUCUCUAUAAUAUGCCUAAGGAAAGUGGAAGAUUCGACAGAUCAUCUUAUUUGCUGGAUUCAAGACUUGUAGCAAACGGAUUUCAGAUAAAAAUAAUACCAGGUGCGUCAGCUGCAGAAAGUCACUUGGAAAUAGAAGGAAUGACCAGUUGUGUGCCUUAUUAUGGUAUAUCAGAUUUAAAAGAAAUUCUGAAUGCGGUGGUAAACAAAAAUGCAAAGGAAGUUUAUGAAUGUAGACCUCUCAAAGUAGUAAAUUAUUUGGAGGGAGAAGCAGUGCGACUGUCGCGGCAGCUCCCUUUAUAUUUAUCAAAAGAAGAUGUACAGGAUACAAUUCACAGAAUGCAGAAGGAACUUGGAAGCCAACAGAAAAGCUGUGUUCAUGGACGCCCGUUUAUUCAUUAUUUAGUAGAUAUCCCACAGAGCAACGAAGUAUAAACAGAUAUUUUGUUUGAAAUCACAUUCUCAACUUUACCUGUGCAUUCUGCUCUCCUGCAUUAUUUAUGCAGAAGAGGUUUGUUGCUUGAUUAGUUGAGUGCUGAACAUGCUUAAUGUGUUUUGUAAUCGUUAACUGUUCUAACAAAAUAUAAUGUUAAACUAUCCAUGAUACUUUUCAAGUACAAGAACACAGAAAGAUCAAAGGUGAAAAUAGGAUCAUUGAGAAUAAUUAGUUUGUUUCUUAAAUCUAGAGCUGGACUACAGUUUUCAUCGUUCUAUAAGCUUUUAGCUUUUACAGCAAAAUACACAAAGCAAAAUCAUCUCAGAAAAAUGAAACUAUAGACCACCAAAGAGCAUAAUGUUCAGAAGCCAUAGUGGAAGAGAAUGGAGGCAAAAGCCUGCACUGCUAAGAAAACUUGCACUAAAUUUUGUGUAUGUGUAUAUAUGUAUGUACUUACUGCAGAUGAAUGUACAAAAAGGGGACACAUGCAAAUACAAUUUUGUAUUUUUCUUGUA